AACGAACGGACUAUAGAAAGAAAGCCGCAGUCAGCUAUUUUUCACACAUCUACAAAAUCAAUCCUAAGUAAUCUAAGUACCCUUCUUAAACGCUUCAAAACCUAGCUUUUCUUCUACUUCAAUUGCAACUGCAAAAAUCCCUCUUCAAUCUUAUUCGUUUCUCGGUAAGUUCUCUAUACCCAUACCAUACUUACAGAUUCGUUUGAUCCGAUUCCUUGCUCCUUUUCCAAUCUCAUUCCAGUACAUUACAAUCAGAUUGUAAUCCUCAAACAAGUAAGGUAUCUUUUUUAGUUUUCCCUUCGAUCCGGGCUGUCGUAGGAAGAAUUGAGCCGCAGUGAUCUGGAGUUUUCUUUGCAGGGUUUAAGGUCCGGCAAUUCUUCUAUCUAAAAAAUAAAUAAAUAAAACUUAUAUUCAAUGGAUAAUCUCGAGAAAGCUAUUCUUAUAAGCUUUGAAGAGUUGGGUACUACGGAUUCUGCAUUUAAAUCCCAAGCUGUUGCUUACUGUCAACAAGUUAAAGAAAACCCAUCAAUUAGUGGUAUAUGUAUUGAACUUCUGUCUACAUCUAAGCUAGUGCAAGUUCAAUUCUGGUGCUUGCAAUGUCUGCACGAAACAAUCCGGGUUAGAUAUUCAUCCAUGGGUCCCGAGGAAAAAGCAUUUGUGAGGAAUGCUGUUUUUUCAAUGGCUUGUUUUAAAUCAAUUGAUGAUAAGAGCCCUGCAAGAUUUUUGGAGAGUCCUGCGUUUAUAAAGAACAAGCUUGCGCAGGUUUUUGUCAUGUUUAUCUACCUAGAGUACCCGCUAAUUUGGCCUUCGGUAUUCAUAGAUUAUCUUCCUCAUCUUAGCAAAGGGGCUGUGGUUAUUGACAUGUUCUGCAGAAUUCUGAAUUCUUUGGAUGAUGAAUUGAUCAGUUUAGAUUAUCCUCGGAAUGCCGAUGACAUGACACUUGCUGCGCAAGUGAAGGAUGCAAUGAGACAGCAAUGUGUGGCUCAGAUUGUUAGAGCAUGGUAUGACAUUGUGACAAUGUAUAGAAGCUCUGACCCCUUUCUUUGUGUCAGUGUCAUGGAUUGCAUGAGAAGAUACAUUUCCUGGAUUGAUAUUGGAUUGGUGGCCAAUGAUGCAUUUAUUCCGCUGUUUUUUGACCUAAUUUUGAACAAUGAGUUGCCUGAACAUCUUCGUGGUGCAGCAAUUGGUUGUGUUCUUGCAGUAGUCUCCAAACGUAUGGAUCCAAUAGUGAAGUUGGGACUCCUUCAAAGCCUUCAUAUAAGCAGGGUAUUUGGUUUAGUGGGUGGUGGUGGGGAUGUCGAUGCUGAAGAGUUGGUUGCAAAAGUAGCUGCUUUGCUUAUAGGGUAUGCCAGUGAGGCUCUGGAUUGCUCAAAGCGUUUAAAUUCGGAGGAUGCUGUGGGUGCUUCUGAGCUUCUCAACGAGGCUUUGCCCUCUGUCUUCCACAUAAUGCAGAACUGUGAGAUCGAUAUAACAUUCAGUGUUGUGCAAUUCCUUUCGGGUUAUGUUGCCACAAUGAAACGUCUUGCACCACUCCGAGAGAAGCACUUGUUUCAUAUUAGCCAGAUUUUGGAAGUCAUACGUGUGCAGAUUCUCUAUGAUCCUGUUUACCGUGAUAAUCUUGACAUAUUUGACAAAAUAGGGAUAGAGGAAGAAGAUAGGAUGACUGAAUUUCGCAAGGAUUUGUUUGUUUUGCUUCGCACGGUUGGUCGUGUUGCACCUGAUGUUACUCAGAUUUUUAUCAGAAACUCCUUGGUUAGUGCAGUUUCAUCAUCUUCUGAUAGGAACGUAGAAGAGGUGGAAGCUGCACUUUCCCUUUUCUAUGCAUAUGGGGAGUCCUUAAGUGAGGAGGCACUGAGGAAUGGCAAUGGUCUUUUGAGAGAACUGGUGCCAACACUCUUAUCAACAAGGUUUCCUUGUCAUUCCAACAGACUUGUUGCUCUUGUUUAUUUGGAAACAAUAACUAGAUAUUUGAAGUUCGUACAGGAGCACAACGAACAUAUACCUAUAGUUCUGGCUGCAUUUCUUGAUGAAAGGGGGAUACAUCAUUCAAACGUCCAUGUAAAUCGCAGGGCAGCUUAUCUUUUCAUGAGGGUUGUCAAACAACUCAAAACAAAGCUUGUUCCAUUCAUAGAGUCAAUUUUGCAGAGUCUUCAAGAUGUAUUAUCUCAGUUUACUAGCAUGGAUGAUGGUAUGCCAAAAAAUCAGUUGGGAUAUGAAGAUGGUAGUCACAUAUUUGAGGCUAUUGGCUUGUUAAUUGGGGUUGAAGAUGUUUCGCCUGACAAACAAGCUGAUUUUCUUUCGGCAUUGCUUAAUCCCCUUUGCCAGCAGGUGGAGGUGUUGCUGCAAAAUGCCAAACUUCAUGAUUCUGAAGAAUCUCCUGCAAAGAUUGCUAACAUUCAGCAAAUCAUCAUGGCGAUUAAUGCCCUGAGCAAGGGAUUCAGUGAGCGGCUUGUGACAGCACAUCGACCUGCUAUUGGUCUCAUGUUUAAGAAGACAUUGGAUGUUCUCCUUCAUAUUUUAGUUGUCUAUCCAAAUAUAGAGACAUUGCGUUCUAAGGUUACAUCAUUCAUUCACCGAAUGGUUGACACAUUGGGUGCAUCUGUAUUUCCUUAUCUACCAAAGGCAUUGGAGCAGUUGCUUGUGGAGAGCGAGCCAAAGGAAACAACGGGUCUCCUUCUGUUGCUCAAUCAGUUAAUUUGCAAGUUCAACACUGCCGUACAUGACAUCCUGGAAGAAGUAUAUCCUGCUAUAGCUAGCAGGAUAUUAAAUGUUCUACCAAGAGAUGUAGUUCCUUCUGGGCCAGGAUAUAAUACUGAGGAAAUUCGCGAACUACAAGAGCUUCAGAGGGUAUUUUACACUUUUCUUCAUGUGAUAGCUACACAUGAUCUGUCUUCGGUUUUCCUCUCCCCAAAGUGUAGUCGGUUUUUGGAUCCAGUGAUGCGAAUCUUGCUGUACACAGCUUGUAAUCACAAGGAUAUUCUUGUGAGAAAGGCUUGUGUUCAGAUAUUUAUUAAAUUAAUUAAAGACUGGGGUGCAAAGCCCCAUUGCGAAGAUAAGGUUCCUGGUUUCCAGAGUUUUGUAAUUGAGACCUUUGCAACAAAUUGUUGUUUGUACAGUGUGCUUGACAAGUCGUUUGAGUUCCGUGAUGCCAAUACUCUGCUUUUGUUCAGGGAAAUAGUGUUGGUGCAGAAGGUUAUGUAUGAGAAGUUUGGUAAUGAUUUCCUCAUUCAUUUUGUUUCCAAGGGUUUCCCGACUGCACACUGCCCUCUAGAUUUGGCGGAGCAAUAUUGCCAAAAGUUGCAGGGUAAUGAUUUGAAGGCAUUAAAUACGUUUUACCAGAAGCUUAUAGAGAGCUUGAGACAUCAAGGAAACGGGAGCCUGAUUGUCAGAUAGCAAUGUCAGAAGCGGUUCUAGAUUCUUUUGCGUUGUCAUUUGUUUUUCUCCUGGCCGUGCGAGGUGCUUAAUAAGUUUUGUUCUAAGAUAUCUUUGUAAAUAGCAGCAGUUUAUGGGGUGGUCUUUAUGUGGACCAGAGGUGUAAAAGAAAGAAGAAGAAGAAGAAGGAGUUCCCCUCUCAUGUUGACAUGUGAAGAAGAAGAAGAAUGGUUGGAGGUGUGUUGUGUUUAAUAGCUGCUAGCUGUUACUGUUAUUUUUAGCUGACCAAUUUUGGUAUUGCAAUUUGCAAAUG